UGCUCUCUCUCUCUUGCUCUCCCUCAUCUCAUUGUUUCAGGAGGCCAAAUCUGAAGUCCUUCCCAGGGAGUGGCCCUGUUCAUCUUAUUCUCCAGCCAAAGCAGGAAUAGCGUGAGAAGGAGACACAGUCAGCAGCCAAAGGACUCGGUGGAAAGAGCAGAGGACCAUAGACAAUAUGCUGCUCUCGGGACCCAAGGUGCUGCUGUUUCUCACUGUACUCAUCAUUUCCUCCGACUGGACACCUGUAGGGGUCAGUGGUCAAGGAGAAGCUGAUGUGACUCCAGAAACAUUCACAGAAGAUCCUAAUCUGGUAAAUGAACCCUCUACAGAUGAAACAGUUCUGGCUGAUAUCGUGCCUUCCACAGAUGACCAGGCAUCGCCCAAUGAUAAAAAUGCCGCCACGGAGUGCCGGGAUGAGAAAUUUGCUUGCACAAGACUCUACUCUGUGCAUCGGCCAGUCAAGCAAUGCGUCCAUCAGUUAUGCUUUACCAGUUUACGACGAAUGUACAUCAUCAACAAUGAGAUUUGCUCCCGUCUCGUCUGUAAAGAACAUGAAGCUAUGAAAGAUGAGCUUUGCCGGCAGAUGGCUGGUCUGCCCCCAAGGCGACUUCGACGCUCAAACUACUUCAGACUUCCUCCCUGUGAAAAUGUAAAUUUGCAGAGACUCAGUGGUCUGUGAUCAUCAUGGAAAAGGAAAAAAGAAAAAAAAUGUGUGGGUGGGAUGAAGAGAAUGCUCUAGGAAGAGGGAACUCCUUGUCUAGCCAUUGUCAGCUAACCCAUUCACAGUAGUACUUCUUAGACCAAACCCUUUACAAUGGUCAGCUUUUGCCCCUACUGCCUGAUUUUUUCAUCCAGACAGAAACAUUUAUCUCAUUUUCGGUACUUACAAUACAAAGUCUAUAUUAUUGCAUGGUUUUACUGCUUCCCAAUAUCAUUGACAUAGUAGACAAAUGAUGACCUGGUGGCUUAUAUACAAAUAUUCUUACAUACAAUUUCAAGGGAAAAUAAUCUUAAGGUUAAUAAUAUUUACUAUUGAAUCUGUCUGAGCUAGAUCUUAGGGUGGAAGAAACUAUUAAUCUCUAUUUUGGCUAGCUAUAGAACUUCAUUUACUUUCUUUUCAAGAGUUUCCUAGAUUGACUCCCCCUUUGUCUAUGAAAUUAUAGUCCUUUUACUCUUAUUUUAACUUUUGCUGAUUGUCCUAACAUUUGCCUAGCAGGUUUUCUUUAUGAAAAAGAUCAUGAUAAUUUUUGUAGCCCUAGAAAAUUCUCCAGAGCCAAGAGUUAUACAAUCCUACUAACAAUAUAUAAAGACCCAUAAUGUUGUCUUCUGCUAAGCUCAGAGGCUGAGGUUAAAGGGAGAGAAGUAUUGCAGCCAGUGUGGCUCAGUGGUUGAGGGUCAACCCAUGCACCAAGAGGCA